AUGUCCAAUUUAACCUCACUAUCAUAUCGAGACCAACAUAAAAGGUCCGAAAAUGGUUGGAAUCUUCUGCGUACGACCACAGUGUCAAAUUCCUCCGGAUCAACGGCUCAUUUAUUGUACUUGGCUCGAAACAAAAUGAGUAAUACCCUGUCCAUGGACGGUAGAUCCAAAGAUAGCGAGGAUGAUGCUGGAAGUGACUCUGAUUCGACAACUUCACAAUCGAGCUCUGGUGAUGAUUCGUUCUCGGAUGACUACGGUUCUGAAGAUGGCUCCGAGUCAAACGAUGAGUUCCUGAACGAAGAAACGUCUAAGACCACUUUUGUCGACUCUAAAGAGGAAACGGUUCAGGACGACAGUACCGACUGCUUGAUGGUAGUUACGCACGAAAACCCACCGAUCAUCGUCAAAUGGACCAAACGAUCUUAUUAUUGGGCAAAUGCAAUCGCAGCGAUACAUCCAACUCUACCACUUCUAGCUUUGACACACUCCCCUAUACAACUCGAGUUGAUCAACUUGGAAACAGAAAAAAGACAAGAUGUAAAUCUUCCCGAACUUGCCGAUAUUACUGAGACACCUGCUGCCUACUCGAGAGAGCUCAAAUUCUCCUCCUGUGGUAACUAUUUACACGUGUUGCUGUUGUCCUUUUUUCACCAUGGCCACCAGGGCUCCUCUACCAAAUGCGUGGUGAAAGUGUCGACAUUUCGCUUCAACUGGGGAUCCGACCGAAAUAGCGACAUAUUGAUGCGUGAGUUCCAAGCGCAAAGCUGUACCUUCAUUUCCGCGGCACAUCUAGGCCAGAUGAGGACUCCUCUAGCGCUGACAGAUUGGGUUGACGGUUGUGUCUUUGUCGCUCUGCCUCCUCUUACCUGCGAUCCUAAGGUUCUGAAGAUUAUACUACCAACUACACAGCCUAUCGUCGCAGACACAGAGGCCCCUGCUACAUUCUGCGAGGAGAGCAAAGACAUUUUCACCUUGAGAGAACAAAUAUACUUCCCAACAUCCACCCCUCGAAGGAAUCCAUCGUUAAAAUAUCGGGGCAUGGCAAAUGGCUCGGGCGGUAUAUACCUUGCCCUUGGCGCGCUUCUGCCUCAGCCAGACAAGGAUGAGUCAGAUGCAGUAAAGGGGAAUGGGGCAUCUAGCCAGAAUCCUUUACAAGCCAGCGCUCCGGUGGUUCUCAGGUGGAAAGUUUCGGAGGAAAGCGGUUGGAGAGCAUGGGACGUCGAUGCCGAUCAGAAGUCAUCUGAAGCAAUGGAAUAUUGGAGCAUAGUUGCCAAACUAAGAGGAAGUUUUGUUGAUAGUGAGAAGUCUUUCACCGUUCCCACCCGAUGUGGAUUAAACUGGGACAGGAAAGGAUAUCUGAGUUGUAGCUAG